AUGCCAAGAGUAUCCAUUGAUCCUGCCGCCACAAACGUGGAAUCUGUUCCUGACACCCCUGCUGCUGACACCUCUGCUGAUGAGAAUCAUAAUGAAGAAAUUGUCAACGAAGAGGAACAGGAACAUGUGGCUGAAGUCCCAUCUGUCAACGGUGAAGAUUUCGCGGACGACAUCGGUUGUCCUGAAAACGAUGACGAUGCUGGUUUUGAAGAUGAGGAGGCUCCGACCACGGACGCGGUCGCUGGAGACAACCAGACUCACAACAAUUCGGAAGAGCCCGAAUCACUGAAGGGAAAAAGUAAGCUUGAGCCGGAACACGUGGAAGAACCUCCGAAGAAAAAAGAGAAGAGAGUGAAGCUGGAGCCGGAUGUCAAAAUUGAAGAGACUGAACUAGAGUACUUCACAAAAAUGCCGCAACAUCAUAGCGUUUCCCUCAAGGAACGCUUCAAAAUUGUGGAUCCGCGGACACUUGUUCGCAGUGAAGAUGUGAUCUUCACUCGUCGAAAG